AUGGCUGAGCAGUCAGAGGCUUCUGGAGUCUAUUUCAAUGACUUGGUUCCAUUACCUUUCAGGAUAUUGUUCAUAAUACAGUUAGGUGUAUACCUAUGGUACUCAAUAAUAUAUUUGUGUACAUACUAUUCACGACUUAAUAUUUUACAAUUAUUGAAUUUAUCAUAUUCAACUCAUAAUUAUACACAAUUGGAUCGUCGCCUACCGAGCACAGGCGAAUUUGAAUCUACAUUACCUGCGGAACGGAUUGAGAAUCAACUUUUGCUAAAGGGAGUCUGGACCACACUUCGAUCCAUAACGCUUUAUAAUUUUGUGGGCUAUUGUUUGUAUUUGGUGAUUGAAUUGAAAUACGAUGAUCCAGAGCAAGAAAACCAGAAUAUAAUAGUGUCGUUCUUGUACAAAAUGAUUCCUCUUAUAGCAUUCUUGUACAUAUUCUACAAAGUUUUCUAUCAAUCUGGGUCGAAAACUACCAGCAAAUCAAUUGGACAAUACCGGGUCUAUACUACUGUGAAAAGAAUUUUAUUGGGAAACAUUAACUCUUCCACAAUGAGAACUAAUGACAUUUUGAUAUCGGAUACGUUAACGUCUUACAGCAAAGUGAUAAACGAUAUUGGCUUAUUUGUAUGGGUCAACUAUUACACAUCUGAAAGCCCAUACAACAUUAAACUUGAAUUCAUAAUAUUAUGUAUUCCUACGCUUAUUCGUAUAAAACAAUGUUGGUAUGAAUACUCAUGUACAAAAAAUGUGCUGCAUUUUUUCAAUAUGGUCAAGUAUAGUACAGCCAUAGGCCCUUUGAUCAUUAAUUUAUUAAUUAAAAUGACACUUCAAACUUUGUCUCCAGAUAACAAUGAGCAGCUUAAAGAGAAUGAGGUAUUGGUUAGGUUAACCAAAUUAAAUUCCUGGUGGUACUUUUGCUCAGUUCUAAAUUCUACAUAUACAUUUAUUUGGGAUAUCAAAAUGGAUUGGGGAUUUGGAUUAUUUGACAUCUUCUUUAAGUCAAACAAAAUAGCAAACUACACUAUUUUAAGGCCAUCACAUCAACUCAUUUAUGGGAAUAUUUUUGGGUAUUAUUGCGUCAUAGUAAUUGACUUCAUAUUGCGAUUCCUUUGGAUCUUUAAGCUUUUUAUAACCAACGAAGUGGAGAAUCGAUACAUGGUUAAUAAAUUAGGGGCAUUUUUGUUUGGCUCCGAUUCUUUUUCCUUGGGGUAUGUAGUGGUUGAAGUCUUAGAAAUUGUUAGAAGAUGGUUAUGGUGUUUUGUCAAAUUAGAGAGUGAUUGGGUGAAGUUGCAAGAGACAAUCAGCUCAGACGAUAUCGAAAUGACAAAUGUAGAUAAAAGAGAUACCUAA